UGUAUCUAUUUAUCUAUUUAUCUAUUCUAUAUAUAUUAUUAUUAUUAUGUUUAUUAUUAUUAUGUUUUUUAUUAUGUUUAUUAUUAUUAUGUUAUUUAUGUUUAUUAUAUUCUUAUAUGUUUAUAUGUUCUUAUUAUUAUGUAUAUUUCUAUACCUUUAUCUAUUUUUAUAUCUAUUCUAUAUGAUUAUAUGACUAUACUAUGUUCUUGUCUUCUAUACUUAUACUACCUACACUUUAACUUAUUAACUUAUUACCUUAUUAACUUAUUCCCUUUAUUAUCACUUUAUCACUUUAUCACUUUAUCACUUUAUCACUUUAUCACUUUAUUAUUACUAGUCUAUACUAUAUGUGUGUAUCUUAUAUGGUCUAAGGGGGCCGAUUUAAGCUCGGCUAUCGGAAGAUGCGUGGGUUCGAACCCCACCGGAUGCAUUCUUUUUAUACACUUCACUUAUAUGUUUCUUUAUAUAUUAUUAUAUUAUAUAUAUCUAUAUUCUUAUUUCUAUUAUUAUUAUUAUUAUGUUUAUUAUUAUUAUGUUCUUUAUUAUGUUUAUUAUGUUUAUUAUGUUUAUUAUGUUUAUUAUACUUAUACACUUCUUAUUCUACUUCUUACUAUAUUAUCUUUACUUCUAUUAUAUAUGUAUCUUAGUAUUUAUACUACUUAUACUAUCUUUCUUAUCUAUACAACUUAUACAACUUAUACAACUUAUACAACUUAUACACCCUUAUGUAUAUGUACACCUUAUUAUGUAUUUUAUUCCUUUUUAUUAUUAUUACUAUUCCUAUUCAUUUUCUUACUCUUUUCCCUUUCUAUAACGAAGCAUUCGUGCCCGAGUGGUCUAAGGGGGCCGUCUCAAGAACGGCUAUCGCAAGAUGCGUGGGUUCGAACCCCACCGGAUGCAUUCUUUUAA